CGUGCUCAACUUUACUUCGCGCAACUCACUUUUCUUCACAGGCCGACCUCACCGCCGUGCGUGUUCAUCUCGUCUUUGUCGCGUGUUCCGUCCGUUUCCGCCCUCUCCUCACCUCCCAACGACACUAUCGCUAUGUACGACGUUCUCAAGACGGAAGAAUUGGAUAUCCCUGAGGGAGUCACGGUCGAGAUCAAGUCCCGUCUCAUCACCGUCAAGGGACCUCGUGGAACCCUGUCGAAGAACGUCCGCCAUGUGAACAUGGACAUCCGCCUCCUCCAGACGAAGAAUGCCCACAAAGUCACGCUCGCAGUCUGGCAGGGUGGCCGCAAGCACAUCGCUUGCCUCCGCACAAUCAAGAGCUUGAUCACAAACAUGAUUACGGGUGUGACCAAGGGCUUCCGAUACAAAAUGCGUACCGUCUACGCUCACUUCCCCAUCAACUGCAUCAUCCAAAACUCUGGCGCUGACGUCGAGAUCCGGAAUUUCCUUGGGGAGAAGACUGUGCGACACGUUUCCAUGCUGGAGGGUGUCACGAUUGCCGAGUCUACGGACCAGAAGGACGAGCUCAUCCUCGAGGGCAACGACAUCGACAUGGUUUCACAAUCUGCUGCUUCUAUCCACGGUUCAUGCCUGGUUCGCAACAAGGAUAUCCGUAAAUUCCUUGACGGCAUCUACGUUUCCGCGAAGGGCACCGUUGUACAGACCGAGUAGGGGUAGCCAUGUGUCCGUAUGCAUUUAUGAGGAGUUGCAGAUUAUGCUCAUGCCCAAAACAUCAUCUUCCUGGUUCAUCCUCGUUUGCUUUACC